GGGACGCCUCUCGAGGAGACCGGCCGCGGCGGCGCCCUCGGCCCUGGCGGCCCCGGGAGGCUCAGCCGCGCCGAGGAGAGCUGUGCCUUGCUUUCCCCUCCUGUCAAACGACCGGGCCGGGGAGGUGGAUCUCCGCGCCUGUGAGGUUUUGCGAGUGUGUAAGUGAAGUCACAGAGGAGGAAGCGGACUCUCGGGAUGGGGCGAGCCCUCACCUGGGAGCGCAGGAGCGAGCGUCUGGGCCGGACACCUAUUAAGUGUCUUCUGUAUUUUGUGCAAAUCGUAAGCCUCUCGCAGACUCGGUUUCUCCAUCUUGAAAGUCAAGGUGAUAACUCCUGCCCUGCCUCCCUCAUAGGACUGCAGCGAAGAGCCCACAGGAAAGCCAGCUAUAUGGUAUCACUAUUGAAGAGUUGUCCUGCACGGUCCAAGGAUGUGUAGUCACUGCUGCUCAACACCCUCAUUGGACCAGGUUCCUGCCAGCUUGAUCCUAUGCAUGGAUUCCAAGGUGACCAUGGAGGCUGGCGGCCUCCCCUUGGAGCUGUGGCGUGUGAUCUUAGCCUACCUGCACCUUCCAGACCUGGGCCGCUGCAGCCUGGUGUGCAAGGCCUGGUAUGAACUGAUCCUCAGUCUUGACAGCACCCGCUGGCGGCAGCUGUGUCUGGGCUGCACUGAGUGCCGCCACCCCAACUGGCCCAACCAGCCUGAUGUGGAGCCGGAGUCUUGGAGGGAGGCCUUCAAGCAGCAUUACCUAGCCUCCAAGACAUGGACCAAGAAUGCCCUGGACUUGGACUCCUCCGUCUGCUUUUCCCUAUUUCGCCGGAGGAGGGAACGCCGUACCCUGAGUGUCGGGCCAGGCCAUGAGUUUGACAGCCUGGGCAGCGCCUUAGCCAUGGCCAGCCUGUAUGAUCGAAUUGUGCUGUUCCCAGGUGUGUACGAAGAGCAAGGCGAAAUCGUCCUGAAGGUGCCCGUGGAGAUCGUAGGCCACGGGAAGUUGGGUGAGGUGGCCCUACUAGCCAGCAUUGAUCAGCACUGCUCAACCACACGUCUGUGCAACCUCGUCUUCAUGCCAGCCUGGUUCUCACCCUUCAUGUUUAAGGUGUGCAAUGACCAUUACAGCACCAAUCAUUUACAAUGUGCUUACUGUGUGCCGGGCAUCUACUUUACAGCCAUUAUUAAGACAACAUCAGGUCAUGUCCAGUUUGACAACUGCAACUUUGAGAACGGGCACAUCCAGGUCCAUGGCCCGGGCACCUGCCAAGUGAAGUUUUGCACCUUCAAAAACACCCAUGUCUUCCUGCACAACGUGCCCCUGUGUGUCCUGGAAAACUGUGAAUUUGUGGGCAGUGAAAACAACUCUGUGACUGUUGAGGGCCACCCAUCCGCAGACAAGAACUGGGCCUACAAGUAUCUACUGGGGCUUAUCAAGUCCUCUCCCAGUGUGCUCCCCACGGAGGACCCUGACUCUUUAAUGUCCCUGGACCUGGAGAGCAGGGACCAGGCCUGGAGCCCAAGGACCUGUGACAUUGUCAUUGAGGGCAGCCAGAGCCCUACCAGCCCAGCCUCUAGCUCCCCCAAGCCCGGCUCUAAGGCUGGCUCACAGGAGGCAGAGGUGGGCAGCGAUGGGGAAAGGGUGGCCCAGACUCCAGACAGCAGCGAUGGAGGCCUGAGUCCCAGCGGUGAGGAUGAGGACGAGGACCAGCUCACAUACAGACUGUCCUACCAAGUACGGGGCCCGCGGCCUGUGCUGGGGGGCUCCUUUCUGGGCCCACCACUGCCAGGAGCGUCCAUUCAGCUGCCCAGCUGCCUGGUGCUGAACUCGCUGCAGCAGGAGCUGCAGAAGGACAAGGAGGCCAUGGCACUGGCCAGCUCCAUUCAGGGCUGCCUCAUCCGCAAGUGCCUCUUCCGGGACGGCAAGGGGGGUGUCUUCGUUUGCUCCUAUGGCCGCGCCAAGAUGGAAGGGAACAUCUUCCGCAACCUGACUUACGCAGUGCGGUGUAUACAUAACAGCAAGAUCGUGAUGCUCAGGAACGACGUUCACCGCUGCAGGGCGGCAGGCAUCUUCCUUCGCCUGGAGGGCGGAGGCCUGAUCGCCGGCAACAACAUCUACCACAACGCAGAGGCUGGCGUGGACAUCCGGAAGAAGUCCAACCCACUCAUCCUGUGUAAUCAGAUCCACCACGGCCUUCGCUCUGGCAUUGUCGUCCUUGGCAAUGGGAAAGGCAUCAUCCGGAACAAUCAAAUCUUUUCAAAUAAGGAGGCUGGCAUUUAUAUCCUGUACCACGGAAAUCCAGUCGUGAGUGGGAACCACAUUUUCAAGGGCCGAGCAGCCGGCAUCGCAGUGAACGAGAAUGGCAAAGGCCUCAUCACAGAAAAUGUGAUCCGUGAGAACCAGUGGGGAGGUGUGGACAUCCGCCGUGGUGGGGUCCCCGUCCUCAGGAGCAACCUCAUCUGCUUCGGCUACUCAGAUGGUGUGGUCGUGGGGGAUGAGGGCAAAGGACUGAUAGAAGGAAACACCAUCUACGCUAAUAAGGGCUGUGGUGUGUGGAUGAUGUCGUCCAGCCUGCCCCAUGUCAGCAGCAACCACGUCAGCUACAAUGGCCUGUACGGAGUGGCAGUGUUUAGCCAGAAGGACGGCUCUGGGGAGUUCCCUGGAGGCCAUGGGGCCCAGGAGAACUUCAGCGAGGAUGGGGACGCCAUCCUCUGGGAGACAGAGCUGGAGAAGGACGACGACCCGCUGCGCCGGCCCGUCACCACAGCUCUGGUCGAGUCAAACAGCAUUAAUCACAAUGGAGCCUCGGGACUCUACGUCCAGAGCAGCGAGGCGCUGCAUAUCGUCACCAACGUGAUCCAUGCUAAUGGGGACAGAGGCAUCACUGUGGCUCAGAGCGGCCAGCUCACCCGUGUGGCCAACAACAGCAUCUCCUGCAACCGCCAGAGUGGGGUCAAGGUCGAGGCCCAGUGCAAGGUAGAGCUCCGGGGCAACGGCAUCUAUGACAACAGAGGCCAUGGCAUCAUCACCAAGGGUGACAGCACCGUCGUCAUUGAAAACGACAUCAUCGGCAACCGGGGCAGUGGGCUGCAGCUGCUGCCCAGGUCCGACACUAAGGUAAUAAAGAACAGGAUCCAUUCCUUCCGGGCCUAUGGCAUCGCAGUGCGGGGCCGCGCCAAGGCCCUGGUGCAAGAGAACAUCAUCUUCCAGGGCAAGACCAACAAGACCAUCUUCCAGCAGAUCUCCAACAACCGAGACUGCGUCAUGCAGAACAACAAGUUCUUGGUCUUCAAGAAAAAGUCUGAUACGUGGCGCCUGGUGAACCCACCAGCACGGCCUCACCUUGACAACUCUCUCCGAGGCCCCUCUGCAGCCCACGGUGGGCAGAAGGUGACGGCCAUGGCGACCAGGAUCACAGCCCGUGUGGAAGGUGGUUACCACAGCAACCGCAGCAUCUUCUGCACCAUCCUGUAAGGAUGGAGAGCCACACAGCGGGUAACUGAGGGGCUGUCCGAAGACUCCGCGAGCAGCAACCAUAUACCUUGCUCUCAGGCUCGGGCCUGGCAGGUGCUCAGCCGGGCUAAGAGCUGAGGCCUUCAGGAUGGAGGAAGUAGCGCCUGUGCCGGCUCCAGGCCCCUCUCCAUCUUCGUACCCACCACCCCCUGAAAAAACAGGCUCCCAGGCCUCCGGGGCACUGAGAACAAAGUAUCUCCAAAACCCUUCGGCUCCAAACCCUCUGCAGGAAGGAACUCGGUGUGAGUUUUCAAGAAGAAGAAGGCACAGAAGUUGGUGGGUCCCCAGUAAGUGAAGCUCUUGCAGAGAUUUGGAAGAGCUGGGGGAAACCGACACUGCGCCGUGCGUCGGGGUGUCCGUGUGAGUUACGGGGAACGGCGUUUCUCACAGCCUGCACCCAGCCUCUUCUCAGGGAAGAGCAGAUUUACUCCUAAGGGAGAGAAGCGAUUCUAGUGAGGUGGAAAGAGGCAGCUGCCCAGAACUUCCCCCUGUCCUGGACCUCUCUCCAUCCCUCCAGGGACACCACCACACCCGCCCAGCUGCCUGCGGAGGCCGGAGGAGUUGGGUUUCCUUAAGGACACAGUUCUCAGACUUGGACAUGGACCUGUGAGGGAGGAAGGGGCUUGGGACAGGGAGCCCCUCUUGAAAGGCUGCCCCAGGGGUGACAAGGGACAUGCUGAAAACAGGAGGGGCGUUUGGAGAAGGCUUCCUUCGAGUGGCUCUGGUGCCAGGCUGGGCGGCGAAGGAGGCACGUGACUCUACCCUCAGUAAGCUCCCAGGCUCAGGAGGACGUUGGGUGGGUGCCUGCUGCACCAGGAGCAUGUGGACCCCACCAGCACGCCCGCCCCGGCUGCCCCUGGAGAUGGAGGUGCUGGGCCCCCGUCUGUGUCCACAUUCUUCAUGGAGAACCACCUGCCUUUACGGUCCCUCCCGUGGUUUCCCACUCCGUGCCUUGGCCCGUGCUCCUGCCUCUUCCUGACAUGCCGUCUCCCACCCGCCCACGUCCAGGUCCUACCCAUUCUCCAGGGUCGAGCUCAGACACUGCCAUCUCCGCAGAGCACCCCCCUCCCACCACAUGACCGUGCCCUUCCCCUGAGCCGCCUCCGCCCUUUCUCUGCCCUCUCAGGGUCCUUUCUGCCUUGAUCUGGAGCUAUCCAGGUCCGUCCUUGUCCCACUCACCUGCCUGUGAGCCACCUGAGGGGAGGGCCAUGUCUCACUGUGUCCCAGCACCCAUCCAGGCGCUGGGUGGGGUUAGUAGCGUGAGUGAGGAGGAAGGCUGGCUCCCCAAGGGCUUUACUGAACCCUACUGUGAAUGUGUCAAGGUUCCAGAGCCAGGCGGCUCUGACCGACUGCGGGAGGAAGGGGUCCCCCUUCCCGCUUGGCCUUUCAUGCAGGGCCUUCACUGGCCCGUUGGGGCCAUCGUCAGGCACUAGGCCCCUGGCUCCCAGGCUGGCUUUGCCAGGCCCCGGUGCUGCUCUCCUGGGUGGGGUGGGGGAGGCUAGAGGGAGCCAGGAGCACUGGCUUCACCCUGAGGACUUUGGGCCCCAAGAGCGCUGGCCCCUCUCAUCCCCAGCACCGUCCUUUGCACUUCUCUGGUGGCCCCAAUGUGAGUCGCUGUACAAAAUGCUGCCUUUAUUAUUUUGUAAGAAAUGACUUUUCUGUGAACCAAGUGCUUAUAAAAAUCUUGGCAACCAAAAUAAACUUCUCUAUUUUAAGAGGCA